AUGGAUGUAGCAUCCCGGUUCGCUGGUUCCAGCACAGGUGUCGGUUUCAGCAAAACAAAAUUGGCGCCUUCGGUUACUCCUGCUGGUUGUAGCAAGAAUGACGGCCGGUUCCAGCAUCUGAUGGGGUCGAUUAUAAGCUCCUCUGUCCGUAACCACGUUGACCCCAGAGAGUUGGCUGUUGUUCUUGAACCAGCAGAGGAGCUGAUCCAGGUCGACCCUAGUGAGCUCCGCUUCCCCUUUCUGCCAAAUGAGAUGAUGUCAGCUUUGUGCUCAAUUAAGGUUGUCAACGUCACGGAUAACUACGUCGUUUUUAUUACAAUGUCUCGGGCUGCAAAUGUAGCAGGGCACCCAACCUCUCCGAAUAGAGGAAUCCUGCCACCAAGGUCCACACAAGAAUUGUUUGUGAGAAGGAUAGCGAAGAAGUCCGUUGCACAAAGCAUCGAGUGCGAUGACAAGUACAUUAUUUGCAGCACAACUGUGAGUGAGAGCUUCAGUAACUCUCAAUAUGGCAGCGAUUUAGAUAAAUUCUAUUAUGAACAGGCGGGUCAAAUAUGGCAUAGGAGAGAGUUGGCUGUUGUUCUUUACCCAGCAUAUCAACAAGGGUCCCCCGAUGGUAUGCCACAUACUGAGGUGAGUUCCCCAUACUCCUCUAUGGGCAACGAGCUGAUCCAGGUCGACCCCAAUGAGCUCCGCUUCCCCUUUCUGCCAAAUGAGAUGCUGUCAGCUUCCUCCUCAAUUAAGGUUGUCAACGUCACGGAUAACUACGUUGUUUUUAUUACAACGUCCCCAGGUGCAAAUGUAGCAGAGCACCCAACCUCUCCGUAUAGAGGAAUCCUGCUACCAAGGUCCACAAAGGAAUUGUUUGUAAGAAGGACAGCGAAGAAGUCCGUUGCACAAAGCAUCGAGUGUGAUGACAAGUACAUUAUUUGCAGCACAACUGUGAGCGAGAGCUUUAGUAACUCUCAAUAUGGCAGCAAUUUAGAUAAAUUCUACAGUGAACAGGUUGGUCAAAUUUGGCAUAUCAGAGAGUUGGGCGUCGUUCUUUACCCAGCAUAUCAACAAGGGUCCCCCGACGAACUAGUAGAGCUGAUCCAGGUCGACCCCAAUGAGCUACGCUUCCCCUUUCUGCCAAAUGAGAUGUUGUCAGCUUCCUCCUCAAUUAAGGUUGUCAACGUCACGGAUAACUACGUCGUUUUUAUUACAAAGUCUACGUCUGCAAAUGUAGCAGAGUACCCAACCUCUCCGAAUAGAGGAAUCCUGCCACCAAGGUCCACACAGGAAUUGUUCGUAAGAAGGACAUCGAAGAAGUCCAUUGCACAAAGCAUGGAGUGCGAUGACAAGUUCAUUCUGUACAGCACAACUGUGAGCGAGAGCUUCAGUAACUCCAAAUAUGGCUGCGAUUUAGAUAAAUUCUAUCAUGAAGAGGCAGGACAAAUAUGGCAUAGAAGAGACUUGGGCGUUGUUCUUUACCCAGCAUAUCAACAAGAAUCCCCUGACAGUGUGCCACAUACUGAGGUGAGUUCCCCUACUCUUCUAUGGACAACGUUCUAA